AUGGCCGCCUGGAAGAAGCCAGCGGUCGCUGGUCGCGACCAUCUGGACAUAAAUGUUGCGUUCACGCGCACGAUAUCGCCGGACAAAAUAGGAAAACUUGUUGUGGAGAUCAUCAAGUACGUGCUGUACGAGCGCGAGCAGCUUCCGAUGCCGUACGACGACCUGAAACGCCACGUCGAGGACGUUGCGCAAAGUCAAAGCGCCCAGAAAAAGACUGUCAAUCCAUUCCUGUUGGCCAAGCAACGGAAGGCCAUCACAAGCCUCCAGGGCAUGGACGCCAUCUUCAGCGUCGCCCAGGACCUCAUCCGCGAGCGGAAGGUCACCAAGGUCCUGCUGCUAUUCGGAGCCACCAUUCUCUCGCCCGUCGAGAGCUACCUCAUCCGCGUACCGCAGCGCAGGCAUGGCUGCCAGAGCUGCGGCACCUCUGCCGGCUUUCGCCGCUGUAUGCUCGAUGUCCUGGAGGCGUUCCUCCGCGUUGAUGCCACCCGCAAGGCCGCCACGGCUUCCAAACUGAUGACAUUCCUGCUCGUAAGGAAAGAGGACGUUGUCUUCAACCUCAUGGACGUCAAGUCAAGCUUCGAUGUUCCGCGGAAGGGCAGCCUCACAACCCUCGAGCUCAAUCUUCCUCCGUGCCCGCAUGAUGGUGUGGAGGACGGCUUGAAAGUGUGGUCUGAUGCCAUCCAAGAUGUGUCCGCUUUUGCCGAUGAGGACAUGUCCCAGAUUUGCCCUGGAGAGUACGUUUGGGUGCAGUGCAAACCGGUGUUUCUGACGGUAGGUGCCAGCACAUUUGUAAAAGAACCGCCAGCAGAGUCUUCGAAAAAUUCCCUUCUCAGAUAGCAUGACAAUGCCUAACGUAAAAGCAAUAUAGUUUACUUUCGCAACUACCUAAAUGAGCAAGCAUUCCUAGCGCCGCUUGUAGUGAGAGCUCUGCAUUUAUGAUUUGCCAUACAUCACAAUAAUUUAUCCAAAGGAGUGUUAAUAUCACUUCUUGCUGAGUCAGUGUGAUGGCUAGCACACUGUUUGUUGCUGUACGCUUGAGCAGCUGGAAGUGUUCUUUUACAGCAACUGCAGUACUUCACCUGCAUCGAGGACAAUCUCGUUUCGGCUAACGUGGAAAGGAAAUGUCGUUGGCUUUACAGACAUUGUCUACUUUCACUUUUUAGCCUUCUGCUAUGGCUACGGCCAAACAGGAACUGAAGAUGUGGUCUGAUCCUGUGGAGGAACUGCAUGUGCCCAUCGUGUGAGUGAUUGGUGCCUUUAGGAGUCCACCAGAAGAUUACGUUCAAGAGUGGUGCAAGCUGGCACUCUUGAUAGUGACUUGAUAGCAUGUUUGGGAAAGAUACAUCACCCAAGGCAUCUAAAAACUCACUUUUCAGAUGACAUGAUGCCAUGUAUUACGAAAGGAGUAGCUAUUUUAUCUUAUAUUUACCGAAGCUUAAGCUACCGACCGCUUUGCUGAGAAAUGUCUGCAUUUAUGAAGGCAACAACUUGCCACUCAUUGUGUCAGCUCAGCAUAAACAUGAUUUAUAAACUUUUUUUUUUGCUAUAACAGGGAAUCAAAAGCCAAUGUGCCACACCUAUCUCUGCUAUCAACUGUGAAUUCCGACGUUGAUAAGCAGAAAAUCAAGUGAUUUGGUGAGGCCUCAGGAUUUGAAAAUGCAGGCCUUUUCUGACUGAUAAUUUUGAAAGGCAGGACAGAAGAAAAACAGAUAAGACAGCAAAGUGCUUUUAGAGCGCAGCUCUUAGGUGCCCGUUCCUGCAGCGAUCGUCGGUGUAACCAAGCGAAUGAGCACAGCGCAAGAUGAAAGCGAACGCAGAGCGCCGCAGGAGAUGAAAAACGCAAGGAGGGUGCAGCGGAACCAUCAGGCGGAAAGCGCAGGACGAGGAGGGUAUGGCGAAAGGGUGAGAAGCAAAGCGUUGUGCGGUGACGAUUGCUACGAGAUGGCGCCAGAGUAGCGCGCGUCGUCUGGGAAGCCUGUCUGUGGCGGCUGCUGUGAAUCGCGUGCACGCGUCACCCAGGCUCUGGCUCAUGAUCUGCAGAUCAGUGAGUCAGUCUUGCCACACUUCGCUCCGUUUGCAACGUGCCACACGAGACAGAUUGUCGCGAAAUGAAAACAUGUAUAGAGUUGCGCCUGAAUUUCGCAUUAGGGAGUAUCGUAAUCGUACGGUGAAUUUUCUUUGGGUCUUUUUUAUAGUACUUUGUGUCCCUGCUUCUUCAAAUCACGAAUGCCAAGGUAUAUUUCGCUAGUUUCAUGUUAAGCGUCACGAGCGCCAUUCUUCAUUUCAAGGAAUGGCUUCGCUAUGAAUCUGAGAAAACAUGCGUUUUGCCGCCGGCCAAGGGCGCAUGCUCGUGCACUAAAGGAGGCACUGUCCUAAAGUGUGCCACCCUGAACGCUUUAAAUGUCUCUAUCGUUGCCGGAACACUAACGAGACAAAAGAAUUCACAGGAAGAUGUGGAGUCAUUGAAGUAGUCGACAGAAGCUGAUUGAGGGAAGCCCCUUAGUAAACGUUUUGACAAGGGGAUCCAAGGCAGGUCUGCUUUUUGUUGGCUUCAGGCUUGUUCAUGGGCUGUUGAAGUAAUCCAGCUCUUCCUGCGAUACAUGCUCUAAGCACCGACACAGCGGCCAUAACAUUUGGCCUCUGGUAGAACUUAAUAGUAUGUAAAAGUAGGGACAGCUGGACAAGUUGGGGUGGUAACAUGGUGAAACAGUGCCAAAAAACAAGAUGGUGCACUGACUGUUCAAGUGAAGUUUAUUGAAAAAAAAAAAAAAAUUCGUAAAACCUUUUUCUGUACCACCUGGUGGACAAGCAUAAGCAUGGCAGAAAAAGGUAACGGAACUGAACAAACCAAAUGUAAGGCAAAAGAAAUGUAAUGCAAGAACAAAUGCAAGGCCAAUAGAGUUCAGUUGAGUCAGCACACCAUCUUGUUUGUUUUAUCAGUGCUUGUAUUUGGUGCUGUUUCAUGGUGUAGAUAGUAUGUAAUUUUACCGUGUAGCACUAGCGAAACACACAGGACAACAAAAAGACAAUGUCACAGCACUGUGUCCCUCUCUUUCUGCUGUCCUGUGUGUUUUGCUUACACCAUGCUCUGCAUAAUGCCAUAACAACUAGUACUAUCAGUCCGUGAUUUCUAAUUUUACAGUUUUAUUCUCCAGUGUGCAUUUGCAGAGCCAAACGUCUCAUUGGUUCAGCUAUGCCAUUUGCACCUCCCUUUAAACUUUGUCGCAUUGACGUUCAACAGUACUUGAUUUGUGGGAGUUUCCUUGCAGACGAGGCACGGUAACAAGAGACAGUACUUCCGCCAGAAGGAAUGAUGUAUUUUGUUAUGUGAUAGCCAAUCACAUCGCGUAUACAAAUGAAACCUCCAGCUUUUUUUUUUAUCCCUUUCUCACCAAAUAUCUGCAUUUUCAAGAGACAAUAUAGCAGACUGCUAGAGAGACUGAAGGCCGAAAUGACCCGACAAAAGCCACCAACUCACUGCAGUUGAAAAGUGACAAUACACACAGACAAUCGUGGGUGUAUUUUGACACAAACAAUAACCACAUCUCGUCUUGAGAAACAUCUUUGUAAACUACGUAUGUAAGAACAUUUUACAUCUCAUUAAGGUGUAAUUGGGAUCAAACAUGACUUCAUAAUGCAAAAGCACUGGAGUCUUCUUUACAAGUAUUAUUCAAUGCAGUGAAAGCUAGACGAACAUGUGUCCGGAUGACUAUGAUCACGGAAGGCAAGCUUUGUGCUAAAGUCCCUCGUCCUUUGCUGAGACGAUCGGAUGAGUCUUGUACUCAAGGAAGAUAACUUGAAAAAGUCCAAUUUUGGCUUAGCGAUGUGUUUAAUAGAAUUGUGCCAUGUGAAAUUUCCCUUGGUGGAGGAAGUCAGAGCUGCAAGUUAAGUUUUAUAUUUGUUGUCUACACACAUCAAUUGUUAUUGCCUGCUGUUUUUUUGUGCAUGUGUCCAGUGCUGCUCAAGCAUGUUAAACUAUUGAGUACUGCAUGUGAUACCAGCCAUCGCGAAUUCAUAGUGGUGCAUGUUGCCUGAUCACUGUUACGAGAUUUUAUGGUCUACACAAAAAAACAAAUUGCCAAGAUUGUUGCACUGUAGCCAACAGCAGGUUAUUACCAGAUGCUGUCGGUCCUCUUUUGGGAGUUAAUCUAAUAUUUGCAAGAAAUGGUAUUAGCGAGGAAUUGUGUGUGUGAAUGGUUUUAAUUGUUAUGCUUUUGUGUAUGCAUUUACUGUAUUUUUUUUUUAAUAUGAAGACUUUGUUUACUAUGAUAGCUUGGUUGGGGCUUUGACGCUUCCGAACAGAUGUUUGGUUGACAGCUUGACAAGCACAUUGCAAUUCUUGUGCUUGCUUCUAUAGUGUGGUUUUUGAGCUGUAUGAGCGUCUCUUGUUACAAAGGUGGUCUGUGUAAUGUUCCAAUGUGCCAAAUCAUCUGCUCAUCUGUCAGUGUCACCAUUCUUCACAACAUUGUUCAUCAAAUUGCCUGCAGUGCACAUACUUUUUUUUCUCCAUUUUUAUUGAAUCUUAUUUUACUAGAGAUAUUUGCAUGCUCACCACUGCCUUUCCAAUGAAUAUUUACUCGUAAAAUGAUGGCUCCUUUUACACUGUACUUAGUAAGAUGUUUUUACUUAUGAAUGAGGUAGUUGUGUUCAGUUGGGCAAUCGGUAUUACUUAUUAAGCAACUUGGCAUUUUGUUGUUUUCUUGUCUCUAUGUGCUUAUAUGAUGGCUUCGUCAUAAUUUUCCAAGACAAGCAUUGUAUUAUUUUAUUGUUAAAUAGUCAUCAAAAUUCAGUUUCUACAAACACAGCUAGAUUUAGUUUUGAGUACAUUGAUGCAAGUCAAUUCACCAGAUGUCAUUUACAAAUGAAGUUGCAAGUUCCUGUACAAACCAUUCCUACGCCACUCAAGGCCUUUGGUGUGCAUGGUAUGUGAUGUAAGAAAAUGGUGUCGUAAAAAAAAAAAAGUAACAAAUGGCCAUGUCAAGUUUAGGCCAAGUGUUCACAUCACACAACGCUCAUUAUUCUUUGGCAUAUUUCACCGUGUCUUUAUUUCAAUGACGGUCACAAAAGUCUGUACAUAUUUGACAUUCCUUGCAUGAACACAGCUGUGUCACCGCAUCAGUGGCCGCACAUUUUUUUUAACGACCAUUUUACUUGUUGCUCAAAGAACGAUUUCGACAGCGUACACAAACUGUCUUCUUUCUCCUGUACAUUGUAUUGUCUUGUCUAUGAAGGUGGGAAGAGAAUAAACGCGUACAAACAUCAA